CCUCCCAACAGCUCUUCCUCAUUGAGAGCUGAACUAGAAGAUCAAAAACUUCCGAGGAGCUGGGGGGAGAGAAAAGAAGGGUCCAAGGAAGAAAAAACACGAGGGGAGCCUCAUUAAAUACCAGUCAGGCGGAAGGGUCAACCGUGUCACAAAUCAGAAGCGGGACCCAAGCGAUGCCCCUGUUACACCGAAAGCCCUUCGUCAGGGAGAAGCCCCCCGCCGACCUGCGGCCCGACGAGCACGUCUUCUACUGCAGGGUCACCAACGAGAUCUUCAGGGACUACGAUGACUUUUUUGAACGAACCAUCCUGUGUAAUAGCCUCGUGUGGAGUUGUGCUGUCACAGGAAAACCUGGACUCACAUAUCAGGAAGCACUAGAAUUGGAAAAGAAAGCCAGACAAAAUCUCCAAAACUUUCCAGAGCCACUUAUUAUUCCAGUUCUGUACUUGGCUACCCUCACUCAACGCACUCGACUUAAUGAAGUUUGUGAUGACAUCUUUGCUUAUAUCAAGGACCGUUUUUUUGUUGGUGAAGUUGUGGAAGUACUUAGGAAUAAUGGUGAAAGAUUGCACUGUAAAAUUUUGGAAGUUAAAGCACCAUUACAUCACAAUGGAAUGGCUAAUGGCCAUGUCAACAAUAGAGAUGGCGACACUAUUGUCAUUAGUGAUAGUGAUGAUUCAGACUUAGAUACCAGUCCUGCACAAAAUGGGAAGGAAAAAGCCAUAACUGAUCCUUCUUUGUUCAAGUACAAAGUGAAGCCUAUAAGGAAACAACUGUAUGAAUCUGUAACGGUGAAAGCAUCUCAGAUAUGCCGGAGAAAACAUCUCUUUUCUCGUGACAGACUUAAGCUUUUUUUGAAGCAACACUGUGAAUCCCAUGAUGGCAUUGUUAGAAUUAAGGCAAUAUCAAUUGCAAAAUACAAGAUAGCAGAACAGAAUUUUUCCUACCUCUUUCCUGAUGAUCCACCCACUUUUAUCGUCAGUCCUUCAAGUAGACGACGAAGGAGGCCUCCCAAGUUGGCAUCGGAUUAUCAUGAGGACAGUGUUGCAGAAGAGCAGCUUAGUCCUAGAAAUGUGACCAGUGCUGUGAAAGAAAGGGCAAGACUCCAAAAAGAAAAAGAAGAAAUGGAAAAAUUAAAAAGGGAGAAGGCAAAUGCUGUAGAAUCCAAGAAAAAAGAAAGAGAAGAUAAGGAGAAAAAGAGGGAAGAAUUAAAGAAGAUUGUGGAAGAAGAGAGGCUGAAGAAGAAAGAAGAGAGGGAGCGACUCAAAAUUGAAAAAGAGAAGGAAAGAGAGAAACUACGUGAGGAGAAAAGGAAAUAUCUGGAACAUCUAAAACAAUGGAGUAAGCGUAGAGAAGACAUGGAAUGUGAUGAUCUCAAGGAACUUCCACUUCCAACUCCAGUGAAAACCAGACUACCUCCUGAGAUCUUUGGUGAUGCUGUCAUGGUCUUAGAGUUCCUUCAUGCCUUUGGGGAACUCUUUGAUCUUCAAGACGAGUUUCCUGAUGGAGUGACUUUAGAAGUUUUGGAAGAAGCUCUUGUAGGAAAUGACAGUGAAGGCCCACUAUGUGAACUGCUGUUUUUCUUCCUGACGGCCAUUUUUCAAGCCAUGACUGAAGAAGAAGAAGAAGUGGCCAAAGACCAAAUUACUGAUGCUGAGACCAAAGAUUUAACAGAGGCUUUGGAUGAAGAUGCAGACCCCACAAAAUCUGCACUAUCUGCAGUUGCAACUUUGGCAGCUGCAUGGCCCCAGUUACAUCAGGGCUGCAAUUUGAAAAACCUGGAUCUUGAUAGCUGCACUCUUUCUGAGAUUCUUCGACUCCAUAUCCUGGCAUCAGGUGCAGAUGUAACAUCAGCUAAUGCCAAAUACCGUUACCAGAAGAGAGGUGGAUUUGAUGCCACGGAUGAUGCUUGUAUGGAGCUAAGAUUAAGUAAUCCUGGGUUGUUGAAGAAACUCUCCAGUACCUCAGUGUAUGACUUAUCAUCAGGGGAGAAGAUGAAGAUUCUUCAUGCGCUCUGUGGCAAGCUUCUCACUCUUGUUUCUACUCGCGACUUUAUUGAGGACUCUGUUGAUGUAUUGCGACAGGCAAAACAGGAAUUCAGAGAGUUAAAAGCAGAACAGCAUCGCAAAGAAAGAGAAGCUGCAGCAGCAAGAAUUCGCAAGAGAAAAGAAGAAAGGUUAAAGGGGCAAGAACAAAAGAUGAAAGAGAAGCAGGAGAAACUGAAGGAAGAAGAGGAGCACAAAGUUGCUGAAGUUGAAGUCUCUGUUGGGGAAGAAGAGCGGGAAGAGCUUGAUACGAGUACAGAGAGUAAAGACGCUGAAACUAAGGAGCAGGAUCUAGAUGCUGUGACAGAUGAUGAAGAUGACAUAGGACCAAACAAAAAGAGAAGAGGAAGAAGAGGACAAUAUGGCUUUAAAGACAUUGCAAGGCAAGUAGAGACUGCUGAUGAAAAGUGUGAGCCACUUACUCCAGAGGAGGAGGAAGCUUUAAAACAGGAGCAGCAAAUUAAAGAAAGGGAGCUUACAGAGAAGAUUCAGAAAGCCACAGCCUGUACCAAUAUUGCUCCUUUAGGCCGUGACCGCCUAUACAGGCGCUACUGGCUUUUCCCCUCUGUUCCUGGAUUAUUUGUAGAAGAAGACUACUCUGGUCUUACAGAAGAUAUGUUAUUGCCUUUACCAUCAUCCUUCCAAAAUAAUGGACAGUGCCAUAUUGCAGAUAAAUCUCAGACUGCUUCCAAAACUGGUGAACCUUUGAAGACAGAAUCUACCUCGAACAUUCACCAAGACUUGCAUGCUGGUGCUACUGUACAGGUCUCACAGCCAAUACAUAAGCCCAACCGGUGGUGCUUUUACAGUUCUCAGGAACAACUGGAACAACUCAUAGCGGCUCUCAAUUCUCGAGGAUACAGGGAGAGUGCCUUAAAGGACAUUCUUUUGCAGGAAAAAAACAGAAUAUGUGAACAGCUGAUAAGUUUUCCUGUAGAAACAUUCCAUAUUUCAGAGAAACCUCAGAAUGACAGCAAGCCACAUUCAGGGCGAGGAAGGACACAAAAUGCAUAUGAUGCAGCUCUAAUGUCUGCAGAAAAACAGCUUGAAUUAAGACUCAGAGACUUCCUUUUGGACAUUGAAGACAGAAUCUACCAAGGCACUUUGGGUUCCAUUAAGGUAACAGACAGGCAAACUUGGAGAACGGCCUUAGAAAAUGGGCAAUAUGAGCUGCUAAAUGAAGAAAACAAAGAAAAUGGUAUAAUCAAAACAGUGACUGAAGAUGUUGAAGAGAUGGAAACAGAUGAUCAAACCAGAGUUAUUGUAAAAGACAAAUUGCUUGGGUUAAAAUCUGAACCUGCAAGUACUGCUUCAACUAAUACCAGCACUCCUCAGCCUGUGAAUAAUGUGGUCCGUUACUUGGCAUCAGCGCUGUUUCAAAUACAGCAAGGCAUUGAGCGCAAAUUCCUCAAAGCCCCACUUGGUGAUGCAGAAGAAAAUAAAAGAGACCAAAAAGGGAAUAAAAGGAGGACAAGAGAAGAUCAGUCUAGUCAGAAAGAUGAUGCCAGUGAUGGUGGUCGUUUGCAUAAAACGGUCUUGGACCGCUGGAGAGAAUCACUUAUUUCUUCAGGUAGCCUGUCCCAAAUCUUCCUUCACCUCUCAACGUUGGAGCGAAGUGUAAUCUGGUCUAAAUCCAUCUUAAAUGCUCGCUGUAAAAUGUGCAGAAAAAAGGGAGAUGCUGAAAGCAUGGUGCUGUGUGAUAGCUGUGACCGAGGCUAUCAUAUCUACUGUAUUAGACCAAAGCUCAAGGCUGUUCCUGAUGGAGACUGGUUCUGUCCAGAAUGUCGACCAAAGCAGCGUUCUAGGCAUCUCUCAUCCCGACAGAGACCUUCUGUGGAAAGUGAUGAAGAAGCUGAAGAACAGAUUGAAGAGGAAGAAGAUGAAACAAUUUAUGAGGAAGUGGGACAAAGUGAGGAGGAAGAUUAUGAAGAGGAAGAAGAGGAUGAUGAUGACUCUGAUUCUCAAUAUGAUGAUGAAAAAAGCUCAUCCAAAUCGGGGAAACCUCAGGUAAAACUUUCCUUAAGAACCAGAGGAGCAAAACUUACCACUACCAUCUCAGGUCAGUACAACCAGCGGCAGGCCACUGGAAGAUACUGUUCACGUAGUCAGCAGAAUACCCCAAAGCAAACUGGAUCUUCAUGUAAAGCUACUGGGAAAAGUAUAAGAAAGACAAAGUCUGCACCUCCAUCAGUAACAAAAUCAAGACUGAACAGCCGCACUACUCGUCAGAAUCGAGGCUUGUUGCACGCGGAUGCCUUUAUAGAGUUGACCAGUCCCCGAAGACGGCGUAGAGGAAGGAAGACAGCAGAUAAUAGUCCAGAGAGCAGCUCUUCCAGUUUUCUUGGCUUCAGAAUUGUUAAUGCAACAGACUCAAAUGAAUCAAAAAGCACUUCAAUUUCUAUAGGAAAAAAUUCACAAGAUACUGAGCUUAAAAAGAGGGGUAGGAAACGACAAUCUGCAGAGUCCCCUCAAAUGCCACUGAAUAGGAGGAGUUCAGGUCGUCAGGGUGGAGUCCAUGAACUGUCUGCUUUUGAGCAGCUUGUUGUGGAACUAGUGCGUCAUGAUGACAGCUGGCCUUUCAUGAAGCUAGUGUCCAAAAUCCAGGUACCAGACUACUAUGAUAUCAUUAAAAAACCUAUCGCCUUAAACAUAAUCCGUGAAAAAGUGAACAAAUGUGAAUACAAGCUAGCAUCGGAAUUCAUUGCAGACAUUGAGCUGAUGUUUUCAAACUGCUUUGAGUACAAUCCACGCAAUACAAGUGAAGCAAAGGCUGGAACAAGACUUCAAGCAUUUUUCCAUGUUCAGGCUCAAAAGCUUGGACUUCCUAUUGUAUUUGGUAACAUGGACCACACUGCACCAGCAGCCAAGAAAUCCCGAAUCUAACUUUUUUCUUCUAAAGGACUUGAGAGUAGUUCUCUCUAUUUUCAUGGAAAAUGAAUACUUAAAUCAUGCAGCCAUAGAAAGCAAUAACAUCUGCCACAUCUUGGAAGUGUGGCCUGCACUAUGUUCUCAAUUU